AUGGAUCGCUCCACGAAACCAAGCUUCAACUUUGUGAACCUCACACACCCCGACGAUCUCAAAAAUGAAGAAAUGCAACUGCGCAUUCGACGCCUAGCUAUGACUGAGGUCGGCAAAGCGAGAAGAAAACCCAAAACGAAGAGGGCGCGCAAUGAAAUCGUCCUCGAGUUUCGCAAUCCGUCUGAGAGUCGCGUCGAUAUUGACCGGUUUGGUGGCGGUCAGCUUGAUCCCUUCAGCCCCUACCCCAUCGAACUCGAUGACUCUUGUCGAGCGCUACUAGCGAACACAAUCAUCCUAGCCAGCUACGUGGCUCCUGGUACCCCGUUGGACUAA